UGCGUCAAUCUCUCUCUAGCGUGCACGAGUUUCAGGGUUGGUGAGAAGGGGAAGGUUGUGUACGGGGAAAGUCCGAUUGGGAAUCGAAACUACCGCUCUCGAUCAGAGUGAGGUUUGUCGGACGAGCGAGGUGCAAGGAAAAUUUCGUGAAAUUUGUCGGAAGCUGACAGUCCUGAAAGGAGGAGGAAGAACCCGCAUAAAUUCGUGAAAUUUCGGCUCGAAUUCUGAAUCGUGAUUGUCUGAGGCGAAAAGGAAGGAUUGUCGCUCGAAAUCGUUUGUUUGUCGGCUUCCGGAGAAGAGAGUAGCCGGCGGAAUCGAAAAAAGUAGGAUUUUGCGGCCCAAAUAGGGAUUUUUCUUCGUCGGAGAAAGACGGGUUGAGCAGAAUCGUCCAGGAGGAGGAGCGUCAGGGGGUCGCCGGGAAUUUGGCUUUCGGACUGCGGUUGGAGGAGCCGGUUAAGGGAAGACGGCUAGAGUUUCCGAUAUUGAAGGGAGGGCGGAGCCGUCGAGUAUGCACCUUGGCCUGAGAAAUGUGGAACGAGGUCGUGAAUAGACAGCUGGGCAGAUCGAGGCCAUCCGCCUUCGCCAGUCGGGUGCGUGCGUCACGUCUCUCAUCCAUCAAACUUUCCAACAAUAAAGAGAUAGUUAGCCUGCACAAGGGUGGCGUCAACACGCUGCAGGUUGACUUGACGGAAGGUCGUUAUUUGCUAUCGGGUGCAUCAGAUGGAUCCGCUGCAGUUUAUGACAUACAACAAGCUACAAGCUGUGAUAGCAAUGCAGUUGCAAAACACAGGCCACUUUUUCUGGUUGAUAAGAAUGUUCAAUGUGGUCAUAGCUAUGCAAUAUCAUCAGCUGUUUGGUACCCUGUAGAUACUGGGCUAUUUGUUACAGGCUCCUAUGAUCAAUAUGUUAAAGUUUGGGACACAAAUAUGACACAGGUGGAGAUGAGUUUCAAAAUGCCUGGAAAGGUUUAUGGAAUUGCAAUGUCCUCGGUGGCUACUUCUCAUAUGCUAAUUGCUACUGGAACUGAAGAUGUUCAAGUUCGGCUGUGUGAUAUUGCUUCUGGGGCAUUCACCCAUACAUUGUCAGGACAUCGAGCUGGUGUAUUCUCUGUCCAGUGGUCCACAUCAAAUGAAUGGGUUUUAAUGACUGGAGGAUGUGAUGGUGCUAUUCGCUUUUGGGACAUUAGAAGAGCUGGCUGCUUUCGUGUUUUGGACCAGUUCCAAACCCAGCUUGGGCGGAGGCCAGCUAUCAGUGGGAGCAAAUCAGCCAAAUUGUCAGGAUUCCAACCCUCAGACUCAGGCUACUCUGUAACAGCGCGGUUACCACAAAAACGGAUAACUGUUGCAAAUGGAACGAAACAAUCAUGUUCCCUCUAUAAAGGUCAACCUAAGGGGUCUGUAAUUCAGCGAUUGCAUCCUGGGAUGUCUUCCACUCAUAAUCGUGCAACAGCUCAUUUUGGUGCUGUGACAGGACUAAAGAUAACAGAAGAUGGAAUGUAUUUGUUGAGUGCAGGCACCGAUUCAAGAUUGAGGUUAUGGGACAUUGAGUCUGGCUGCAACACAUUGGUUAACUACGAUGCUUUACGAUUCCAAAGUAAGAAAAACGUACAAUUGGCUGUUGCAUCAGAUUUAUCCCUUGUGUUUGUUCCAUGCACAACUUCUGUGAAGGCAUAUGAUAUAUGGUCAGGGAAGACAUUUUCAACAUUCCACGGCCAUUAUGAAUCUGUGAACUGUUGCUGCUUUAGCUCAGCAGAUCAGGAAUUAUACACAGGGAGCAAUGACAGGCAAAUUCUUCUAUGGUCUCCCUCUGUUUCAACUGCUGCAGAUGAGGGAUCAGAAUCUUUGACGGAUCAUGAUAAUUGGAGUGAUUAAUCUGGAGGUCCAGUGAGUGUGUUUUUGCGUCGAUGCAGACGCAUAUGUUGUACAUUAGAAAGACCUUUUUUUAUAUUCUUUCUGCUUGUGUCAGACUUUCCAUGUAUCCCAGUCUCUUUUUUUGUUUUGUUGGUUUGAUUUUCCAUGUAUGUCGGUCUCUUUUCCUGUUGUCUUGGCUUGCUUAGCUGGGACUUAGCCCUAUGCCGCAGUUCUUACCUGAGGUAAUGGGUCUAUGCCUAUGCGAUUGUUAUUUUUAAUUUAAUUGCUCUUCAGGAGUGAACUGCAAAAGAGGGAGGAUCAGCCUAGUUCCACCUUGAUGUUGGAUCAGGCUGUGAUAUCUCCAGUCUCUCAGACAUUCACCUUUUAGAUAUCUUCUUCAUAAAAGACCAGCAUAGUUGAUCACCAAGAGUCAGAAGUUGCCUAGUAUUUGAAUCCUAAAGAUCAGAGUUUGCAUACAAGCAAGGCUUCAUAAAGAUCAUUGGAACAGAUCUGUUGCAACUUCUAUGUGAAUAAAUUUUGAUGAGAUGAAUGAUUUCCUGUAAUGCAAUCCGCUUCUUGUAA